AGGAAUAAUUUUGCUUAAGGUCUCAGGACUCUACUUUCCAUCAGGACUCAGGAUUCUACUUUCCAUCUGGACAUCAUUGUUAGGGGUCAUCGCAUACUUUACAGUGAGCUUAGAAAAUGGCCUCCAAGCGUUCUCUCCCAGAAGAGGAUUUCUCUUGUCCUGUGUGCCAUGACAUCUUCAAGGAUCCUGUCAUCAUGGAGUGUAGUCACAGCAUGUGUAAUGUCUGUCUGCAGCAGUUCUGGAAAACUAAAGGCCAUAAAGAGUGUCCCAUCUGCAGGAAAAGAUUCACAAAUUCAAAUCCACAACUUAACUUGGCGUUAAAGAACCUGUGUGAAAGCUACAUACAGGAGAGAAGUCAGAGAGCUUCAGCAGAGUCUGAGGUGCUCUGCAGUCUGCACAGUGAGACACUCAAGCUCUUCUGUCUGGAGGAUAAACAGCCUGUGUGUCUGGUGUGUAGAGACUCAAGAGCACAUAAGAAUCACAACUUUAGUCCUGUUGUUGAGGUAUCAAGUGAUUAUAAGGAGGAACUGAGGACACAGUUGGCCAAGCUGAAGGAGAAGAUGAAGAAACAUAAAGAAACUAAACUAACCUGUGAUAAAACAGCAAAACACAUUAAGACUCAGGCCCAGCACACAGCGAAGCAGAUCAACAUGGAGUUUGAGAAGCUUCACAAGUUUCUACGAGAUGAAGAGGCAGCCAGGAUAGCUGCACUGAUGGAGGAAGAGGAGCAGAAGAGUCAGAUGAUGAAGAAGAAGAUUGAGAAGAUGAGCAUAGAGAUCUCAUCUCUUUCAAUCACAAUCACAGACAUAGAGGAGCAGAUAAAUGCUGAUGACAUCACAUUCCUGCAGAGCUACAAGAGCACAGUGGAAAGAGCCCAGUGCACACUGCAGGAUCCAGAGAGGGUUUCAGGAGCUCUGAUCAAUGUGGCAAAGCACCUGGGCAACCUGAAGUUCAGAGUCUGGGAGAAGAUGCAGGAGACUGUUCAGUACACUCCUGUGACUCUGGAUCCCAACACUGCACACCCACAACUCAUCUUGUCUGAGGAUCUGACCAGUGUGAGACGUGGUGAUGAGGAGCAGCAGCUUCCUGAUAACCCAGAGAGAUUUGAUAAGUAUGCCAGUGUCCUGGGCUCUGAGGGCUUUAACUCAGGGACUCACUGCUGGGAUGUGGAGGUUGGGGAGAACACACAGUGGAGUGUGGGUGUGGUGACAGAGUCUCUCCAGAGGAAGGGAGACUUUACCUCCAUGAGUGGACGGUGGACUGUGUGGUAUAACGAUGGUAAAUAUGGAGCACGUGCUCCUCCACAGCCCCCCACUCCCCUCACAGUGAAGCAGCAGAAACUCCAGAGGAUCAGAGUGCAGCUGGACUGGGACAGAGGAGAGCUGUCAUUCUCUGACCCUGAUAACAACACACACCUACACACUCUGAAACACACUUUCACUGAGAGAGUGUUUCCAUACUUUAAUAUGGGCUGUAAACUCUCUCCUCUGAGGAUCCUACCAGUGAAGGCCUCUGUGUUAGUUGAGCAGCCCAGUUAGAGCAGAAACUGUCUCUGUCUGAACAAGAGCCCACAUGCAGAGAUGGAUGGAGACAUGUGGGGUUCAGUCAUGAGUCACUCACACAGUAACUGCAGUCAAUCUGAUAACUGACCUGUGAGGCAUCGUCUUCUGGCUACUUUGAUUUAGUUCAGAAUUGACUGAUAUGUUGAAUAUCCUCUAAAAUAAUUGCUGGUGCUUUUUAUUCUAUGACAGUUUUUCUAUGUUGCUGUUUUUUUUAUUAUAGGCAUUUUUAUGAUGGUUUUGCUGUGUUGUCCAUUUAUGUUUUUUUCUACACUGCUGCCACAAGCACAUUACAAUAUCACCACUGCAGUGAAUCUAAUAUCUGUUCUGUUCUGUGAGGCAUCAUUUUCUGGGUACUUGAAUUGUAUUUCUGAUCUGUGUUUAGAAUCCUCUGAAAUAAUUAAUGAUUUUAUAUCAUUUAUUACACUAUGAUGGUUUGUUAUCCAGGUCUGUGUUUCUACACUGCUGCCACAAGCACAUCAAAAUAUCAGUUCAGUAAAUGAUGUGGACAUUU